CUGGAGCCUGCAGACGCGCAGAUGGCCGGCAGGGGAAGGGGUCGGGGUGCGGUGGCCUUUACCUGGCGCACACCUGGGAGCCUCUCCCUUCCCGCGCUUCCUGCCCCGCCCCGGCGCCCUGGCUCGCUUCCCCGGCUCCGCCCGCAGUCCGGCCCCGCGGGUAUUUGAGGCCCAGGGCGGCUCUGGCGCCUCAUUCCCGCUGCUCCCAGCUCCCGGCCGUGUCGCGGCGACUCUGCGGCUUGCCAUUAUGGAUGCUCUGUCAGAAGCAAAUGGCACCUUCGCCCUAACCCUUUUGAAAACGCUGGGUGAAGACAGCUCGAAAAAUGUGUUUUUCUCGCCCAUGAGCAUCUCUGCAGCUCUGGCCAUGGUCCUGAUGGGGGCAAAGGGAAACACCGCAGCUCAGAUGACCCAGGCACUUUCUUUAAAUAAAACCCAGGGUGGCGGAGCUGGUGAUGUUCACCAGGGCUUCCAGUCACUUCUCACCGAAGUGAACAGGCCAGGCAUGCAGUACCUGCUUAGAACAGCCAACCGACUCUUUGGAGAGAAGACUUGGGAAUUCCUCUCAACUUUUAAAGAUUCCUGCCAAAAGUUCUACCAAGCAGAGUUGGAAGAGCUUGACUUCAUGAACUCCACAGAGGAGUCCAGAAAACACAUCAACAGCUGGGUAGCCAAAAUGACAGAAGAUAAAAUUACCGACUUGCUGUCCCCAAAUUCAAUGAAUUCACUGACUAGGCUGAUUCUCGUGAAUGCCAUCUACUUCAAAGGAAAUUGGGAAAAACAGUUUAACAAGGAGCGUACCCAGGAGCGACCAUUUAAAGUCAGCAAAAACAAGGAGAAGCCUGUACAGAUGAUGUUUAGAAAGUCUACUUUUAAAAUUACCUACAUAGGAGAAAUAUUCACCAGAAUUCUGAUGCUCCCCUACGUUGGCAAGGAGCUACACAUGAUCAUCAUGCUUCCAGACGAGCACAUCGACCUGAAAACGGUGGAAAAAGAACUUACUUAUGAGAACUUUGUUGAAUGGACGAAGCCAGACAUGAUGGAUGAAGAGGAGGUGGAUGUUUACCUGCCCAGGUUUAAACUGGAGGAGAAUUACGACAUGGAAGAAGUCCUGCGUGGCCUGGGUAUGACUGAUGCCUUUGAUCAAGCCAAUGCAGACUUCUCUGGAAUGUCCUCCAAGAGAAACCUGCACUUGUCCAAGGUUGUGCACAAGUCCUUUGUGGAGGUCAAUGAGGAGGGUACAGAGGCCGCGGCUGCCACUGCCGCCAUCAUGAUGAUGCGGUGUCUGAGGAUCCCCAACCAGUUCUGUGCCGAUCGCCCCUUUCUCUUCUUCAUUCAGCACAGCAAGACCAAUGGGAUUCUGUUCUGUGGCCGGUUCUCCUCUCCAUGAGGAGGGUCACUGCUGCCACAGCCUUCUCCUUCCCCCACCAACCCACUUUUCCUGACAGGCCAGUGUGCCUGUACCCAAGUGUCCUUAUCAUCGUGCUGCUGACAGUCUCAAAAUAAAGGCCCAAGUGGUGUCCCAGGUUCAA